AUGCCUCGUAUGGACAACUCCUGGGUAUCGGUGCAAGCGUCGUGUUCGACGAUUACCGCCAUGACGAUAGAUCGAUAUAUGGUCAUCCUACAUCCCAUGAAAUCCCUACACACGCGGACAGUUAGGAGGACAACAUUUAUCAAUAUCAUUAUAUGGAUAACCUCGUUUUUACUGCACAUUCCCGUUGCUGUUUUCUACGAAAUGGAAACGUUCCUGGACGACGGAGGGGCUUUCUGUGCCAAAAAGUUUAUAAGUCUGGACGCCCAGAAGGGCUACGAGUUUUACGCAGUGUUGAUCACGUAUAUCUUACCCUUCAUUGUCAUGACAUUUUGCUAUCUACGGAUUCUGCGCACUGUUUGGAGCAAAUACCUCAUCGUGUCCUCGUCCACGCAGGCGCAGCGCAGGCGCAGAUGGAAGAUCACGCGCAUGACGUUAUUGGUCGUGGUCUUAUUCGGCGUGUGCUGGGGACCAAUCCACGCCGUGCAUCUGGUCACGUUGUUCCAGUCCAAGCGACGAGGUGCGAGCGAAGCCAGCUACAACUUCUACAUCUUCUGUCUGUGCCUGUCGUAUUCCAACUCCGCCAUCAACCCUUUUGUGUACGCCUUCAGUGGGCGGAGCUACCGGAAUCUUUUGGUUGCCUGUUUGAAGGGGAGGCAGAGACACAACGCCAUGACCCCUUUGGGAAGCACACGGACGAGAGCGGGAUCGGCGCAGUACUCAUUCGAGAUGAAUAACUUAAUGCGGAAUGUUCAAAAUGGCCGCUCGCCAAAAGCGAAGUACACACACUAUUACCUUGGUGGGGGACGCCAUAUUGUACGAGCCGCUCCAGAAUAGACAAGGACAGGGAUCGCUCCGAUUUAUGAUUGGUGAUGUCCAAAGUGUUGUUAUCAUCUAUCUCCGAAGAAAUUUCCUGAAGGAAACAAUGCAUUUUAAAUGUCCUCUCAGAGCUUGAAAGUGCGUUCAAAAAGUUGUAUUUAUUAUCUUACAUUAACCAUUCGUGACGUCUGAUGCACUAUAAAUAUACAUGUGUAAUUAAUCUGUUAAAUAUAUAUAUAUACAUUAUUGCUUUUGUGAUUUAACUAUACACAAAGAGUUUUGUUGACUUUGUUUCCAGUUUCAACAUUGAUUUUACCUUUUGCCAGUUAUUCACAUCAAAUGGUAAAUCCUUAAGAUUUCAAUUCUGUGAUCAAAUUGAAUGUAAUGAGUAUUACGUUUUUUGAAGUGACGAGGACGCAUAACUGAAAAAAAAUCAUUCCAAAACAGAAAAUCUUCGAAUGUGGAGGAAGGUUUUCUGGGUUUUUUUUUUAAUUUCUUAUGGCAAGUGUGGUUAUUCGGUUAAAUCUGAUAUGUUGAAAAACUUUUGCAAGAAAAAAAUACAUAUCAGCAAAAGAUAUCAUUUCAAUUGCACGUUUUAGGUCAAACAUAUUUUAUUUCAUAUUGUUACCACUUCAAGUUCAACUUGCAAAUUGUGUAAAAUUGCAAAAGUUACCCACCAGCUUCAUUUUCCAUUUUCACGUUUUCAUUAUCAUUCAUGUUUAUAACAAUAACUGUCAGUGUGUGGAGUGUGUGUUAAAAGAUUCGCUCAUUCCCACUGGUAAUUGCCAUAAUAAGCCUCUCUACUGAUGACGUCACACUUUAUCUACAUGUGUGCUUUUCUACGGGGCUACGAAACCGUCGUCCCACCAGGCUCCCAUAAGAAAGCACAUGUGUAAACAAAGUGUGACGUCAUCAGUACAGAGUAUUGUUAAAGAACAUUUACGCUUUACGCGCGCAUCGUGCGCAUGCGCCAGUGUUCACUUCAGGUCGAAGCCAGCCUCGACUCCUUUAUCGUACAAGGCAUGAUGGGAAACAACAUGGCGCAGCAAGAUCUCGUUCCCAUGGAAGCGAGGUUGGGUCGAAGCUAUCCGGUUCGUAAGUGUGACGUCACUUCAGGUUAAACCACGCCCACUACACAUGGAGUAGCAUGGGAACCACUGGAACUAGAAGUAGUGCAAAGUGCCCUCUUUAGCCAAUGGGCGUUUGUAAGUAGUGGUGCGUGCGCGUGUCAGACGUAGUCACUUACAAACCUGAUAGUGUAAUCCGGCAAACAAAAUUAGAAGCCAGUUUUGCGGUGGUUCCACGCCCACGCGCAUACCGCACGCGUUCUUAAAGACAAGGCGGGCGCAUAUUUAUUUGGUCGAAGGAGCCCGGAGUCCGCGCGUACACUCUGAGUGCGACUCGCGCGAGCCUGGUGCCGCCGCAGUGCCAUCUCAGAAAAUGGUUGUCGCCGAAUAAGUGUGCACCAUUGAUCUCCAUACAUACAAACUGCAUGUAUGGAGACCAAUGGUGUGUACUUAGUGUAUCCAAUGAUGACAUGACUGUGGGGGAAAGCGAAGUGACGAGUUGCUACGACUGAUGUGGAAUGAGGGCGCUAUUUACAGUUUGCGUGUGGUCUCUCUAUCACCUUUGCCUUGAACGAGCACGAAUUGUAAAAGAGAUAUUGAUUUUAAAAAAAUAUGUAUCCGUUAUUGUUUUCAUCAUGCACGAAAUAUUGUUUUUUUCUUUAAUUAAUGGCUGUGAAUAAUUUUGUGUGGGUGUGUACAUGUAUGGCUUAACGACAGAGGACAGACACACAAAGGGAGAACAAAAGAUCCUUUCUGUCCUCGAGCGUUGGUUUGUUGAAAACGGUCCUCGAUCGUACGGUUUCUGGUUAAGUCUGUGGGAUCGGAGAGUGUUAUAUUACAGGGACAAAGGGAAACACAAAGCAUUGUCCUCGGGCGUAUAGAAAUUCUCGACAGCGUGAGUGUGUGUAUGUGUGUACAAGCAUUACCUUCACUGUGUGGACCUCUCAACAAAAGAUGUCCGCAUAAACCAGGUAGCAGUGACGUUGCGUGGACUUUCCCAUGUCCACACAAUGUCCCCCCCCCCCCCCCACAUUGUCGCAAAAUGAGGAGGAACACUCAAGGAAAUCAUACUAAGAAAAUUGAGUUGAAAGAGUUUUCACAGUAAAGUGAGUUUUUUUGGCCGGUUUGUAUUGUCCACAGUAGGAGUGUAAUGUGAAUGCGUGUGUGUGUGAUCGUGUUGGUGUGGCUAUAUCUCUGCGCUUUGUGAUAGCUCCAUCCGUUGUGUGCAACAUCAUUUCAAUCCUAUCUUUCACUACACUCAAAGAAAAUGUACAAAUGCUUUUUUUUCAUGAAAUCUUUAAAAUUGUUGUUCACCUUAUUUUCUUCUGAACCUCAUUUUCUUCCUUUAUCCAGAUUUCAAGGAUUACAUUGUGUGUCUAUUUGACUUUAAGCACAUGGGCAGAUUAUUUUGGUAAAAUGUUAAAAAAAAAAUGCAAGCGCUAUAUCGAUAUCCACAACAAGAAUUUUCAGUUUGAUGGCUUACUUUUAUUGGCUGACUACAAGUCGUUACCGUCACUAAAUGUGCUGUCGCUAAUUUCUAAUCGAAACGUUUUUGGGGGGCACAUAAACUUUUUAUUUGUACAAAGAUAAAGGUGGUGUGUUUAAACCGAAAUGGCUGAAUAAAGUAUUUAUUUUUGAGCAGUGA